UCCUUUAAAGGUAUAAAUACUGAAACAUUCUUCAGCUUCAGGCACUACAAAAACAAGGGAUUCUUCAAAGGUUCCAUUUCUGAUUUUGACAACCAACUGAAGAAACACCAAAAGAAAAACAGUGGCUUAAGAGUAAUGGCUCCCCGGAUAAGACUGAACAUAGCAAAGCCUCUUCCCACCAUAAGUGAAGCCCUUGAGGAUAUUCUAGAUGACAUAACAAGCAACACAAAAGGUUUUGGAAAUGCUUGCACGAGUCCAGAUUCUUCUUCUGGUGAAGACUACCUUCAGUCUAUCUGCCAGCUGGCAAGACCUACCUUCCCAGUCCUACCAGAGAGUCAGCGUAAAGUUCAAGAUACAGAGAAACUGGGAAUGCUGCAUAAUAGUCACAGGGUCUUCAGCUUGUCUGAGACACCAAAAAUGGUCUCCAGGUAUAAAAUAACUGACAUUCUGCCUAAUGCGAGGACAUUCGAAAGAAAUAGCUCCAUUCUAGAUCGUAUCAAAACCUACUCGAGCUCUAAAGUCGACCCGCUAGAAGAGUUGUACACGGAAGCUGAGAGGACUCAUCGGUGGAGAUAUCCUAAUGGAAGUGAGAACACUGACCAUUCACAACAUAAUUUUCAAGGCAUCAGUGUAUCUGAACCUCGAGAAAAAGCUAUGGAGAAACCAGGUGCUGUCAGCUUCCCCAGACUUCCCUCCCCAAGACCAAUGCAGAGAGAAAACAGCUGCCCAGAGCUAAAAAGUCUGAGAAACCAAGGCAAGAUGCCAGCUCUGGAAAGUAGCCCAUAUCAGAAAGAGACUGACCCUCUCAUUGUUAAUGGUAAAUCGAUCUGGCUGCACCCACCCAGAGAAACUCCACCAGACACCAAGAUUUUGAGAUAUUCACAAAGGGGGCAGCAGACUCUGAAGGCAGCAGCUUUCCCUGAAAGAGAGCAGCAGCCAAAGCCUUCCAUUUAUGAUCACAAUGUGAAGGGAGAGGUGAGCAAGCGAGCAGGCUGUGUGGGAUACUUCCACGUUGACAAAAGAAACACAAGCUGUGACUGGAUUUCAGAAUACCAAAGUGCUUGGAAAGAAGCAAAGGUGAGAGCUUGCCUGCUGCCUGCCAUUGCAGAAUCAUGAAUUGCUGCUUUAUGUGAAGAAAAGACGGAGUGUUUAUGUGCAGCCACUGUCUGCUGCAAAGUGCAUUGUCCAGAUAACCUGGAGAACAUUCAGAGCUUCAGAGUAUCAAGUGUGGAGAAGAAAUUGCAGCGCUGAAAGGAGAAUGCAUUGGAGACUCGGUGAUUUUAGCUAUUCAGAUAAUGAGUUGUAAUGAUUAUACAUUUUGUAACCCCUUGUA